UAUUCAGUUGCAUAUGCUUGUUGUUCGCAUUGACUGCACUUCAUCAUGACCUUUUGUAGAAUGUUAUUCAGUGUGUUCUGUGGUGUUUUCCUCUUUAUUGUGCCACUGAAGGGACAAUAUACGGCCGAAUUUAAUUCUUAUUCAUCCUUCGAUGAACUUCUAAAAUCCUCAAAUCCUGAAGUGCAAGAACACAUUCGUGUAAUAGGAGAAGAUUCUGCGACAAAUAAAGCCUUGGAUAUGUUUGUGUGUGAUUCAGCUAUGUUUGAGAAAUUUACAUCUGUGAAAUCAGUGGUUUUCAAUCACGCUCGUGUUCUAUUAAUUGAUCGCGAAUGCUUUAGUGGAAUGAAUUUCUUAAGAAAAGUUGAUCUUCGCUUGAAUCACUUAACAUUCAUCGAUUUGAAGAGCUUUCGAACUUCUGACGAGAUGAAAAUUAACACUUUGGAUUUGAGUUGGAACUACAUUACGAGGAUGGAAAGCAGUGAUGUUGUAUUACCUGAACUGGAAAAUUUGGAAGUGUCGCACAACAAAUUAAAGUCAGUGAUCAUCACAUCAGACGGUUUUCCUGAAAUUUACUCUGUAAACGCGGACAACAAUCAUAUUUCUGAGAUCGAUUUAGAAAGUGAAACACUCGAGUAUUUGUCCCUGGACGGAAAUAGGAUCAAAUCAUUCGAAGGAUCGCGCAUCUUGUUACCGAGACUCAAAGCCAUUAGUAUCAAAGACAAUCAACUGACUAUGAUUUCAUCUGAGAUGUUUUUGAGCUUGAUUAGUCUGAAAACUCUGUAUCUCAAUAACAAUUUUAUUCACUCUGUUGAUCUACAAAAAUUGAAUGUGUCUCUGUCGUUGGAUCUGAGUCGCAAUAGCAUCAAAACUAUGGAUAAAGUACUUCUUCCAACCACCCUUCCAAUUCGAUUGACUCUUGACUCAAACAAGUUGCUUUACCUGGAAAGUCGACGUCAUCUGAACAACGUUGAAUUGUUCUUCUGCAAGAUUUGCAGUUUUCACUUGAUUGAGCCGUUUUUCCUGGCAAAUUCUCUUAAAAAUAUACUCCAAUUGGAUCUUUUUCAUAACUAUUUAACCACUGCUAACAUAUUCAAUGCUCAGCGUGAUUUCAAAUUGACAUCAGUGAAUCUUGUCUACAAUAAGAUCAGAAAAAUCGGCAAGAAUGACUUUUUCCGAUUAACCAAUGUGACAGAUUUGUUUUUAAGCUACAAUGAUAUUCGAAUUGUUGCUGAAGGAGCUUUUGAUCGAAUGGAGAAGCUGAAAAUUCUCUAUCUUUCGAACAAUUUGAUCUUUCAACUCCCUGCAAAUAUCUUCGAUGCCAACAGUUUGCAUUCUCUGCACAUUGACGGCAAUAAUAUGCCAUUUUUCCGAAUACCAGGAUGGCAAGAAACAACAGGAGCACUCAUUGAGAGUAAUAGCACCCUGAACAAUUUGUAUAUCCUGUACAUCCAGAACAACCCUCUUCAGUGCGAAUGUGUCAAUUUGAUUCGUAAAUGGGCUGGAAGUAAUCGUAUUCAUCUAAUAAUAGAUAACUUUAAUACGACGAGAGGUUUACAACCAGCAUGCAUUGUGAACAACCUGGGAUGCCGAACAGACGUUGGAAAGGACUUAGUAAAAGAUUACUGGCAUUUGUUCAAUCCCAUAAAACUGGAGAAUCUGAUUUUGCAAGAUGAAGAUGAAGAGUCAGUACUAGUCACUCGUUUCAAGCCCAGCAAAGUCACAAACUUUUAAUUUAUUCCUGACUUAAUUUUGUGUCAGAGAAUUCUUAAAAUUUGAGACAAUUCUUCAAAAAGGUCUAUUAUAUUUUGUACUUCUUUCAUUAACAUGUAUGCAUUUAUUGAACUAAAAAACAUGAAGUGUAUUGAGUUAAAAAAGUUCAUUAAGAGUGAAUUGAUGAGAUAUUUCAAACACUGUUUACAAUAAAUUCUUACCACAACUUGAUUGAUUAGCAUAACUAAAUUCUGUGUGGAUUUUGCAUUAGCUGAGUAGAUAGACUUAUCCUUAAAUAUAUAAAAUAUCUUAAUCUUUAAGAGGUCUUGGGUCUUCUUAGAACGCGGAGAGACAAAAAAGAAUGCUGCUCCUGCCCUAAAGAAGACCCAUCUUCAAAUUGAUUGGAUUCGAUGGCGGGUGCGGCCGAAUGCAUUAACCCAUUAAUCUUAAUUAAGAGCUCAUGAGAUGAGAGCGAGGAGCAUGCAAAUGAGCUGUGAUCAUGUGAAUAUUGGCAAUUUUGGGGCUGUGCUAGUGCGUGAAGAUGAUGUCCGCCGAGGGAUCGAAUUUGAGCGCACUUCUCGCGGUGCAGCGAAGCUGGGAGAUGGCGAGAGAGGAGCAAAAAGGCAUGCCUCAUGAAGGUUUAUGUUUGCAGAGCAUUGUGGCAUUACAAAACACAUCUUGAGAGGAGUCCAAAAACUGGUCACGACGCAUUCAAGGCACUCGCUUCAAUCUGUUCUCGAUCCGGCACCAGUCACGACAUGACUCGGACGAAAUGUACCGUCUUUACGCGCACUUUUAUUUCAAUAUAACGUCUCUGGCCCGCCCUCAGCUCUCGCCGAGACCAUGGGAAUGCCCGGGACUCAGGGCUUGAUUCAAUUACGCGGCCCGAAUCGAUCGCCAGCGAUCUAUGCUGGGGCCUUCAUUAAAAAGAAAUCUUGACACGCACAGCUUCGCUGUCCCUCGCAUUAGCAGCAAAAUUAAAGAUGUGUAAUUUGCUGUGAGAUAAGAGGCCGCGAAUCGCGAGGCACGCCGCGAAGUUUAAGGACAAGACACUUCGCCUGCAAUCACACGAACUGCGGCUAUGACAAUGCUGGAAAUAAGGCGAAAUUUCAUCGCAGAACGAGUGACUCAGAAUGAUUGAUCGAAGGAAAAUGCGAGAAGGCCCUGAAUCACUCCCUGAUUCACCUGACCAACUAACUUCCAAGUAAGUCUAAUAGAAUUUUCACCACAGAAAAACUAUCCAUUGAGGAAUUGCAGCAAUUUACCGAGAAGUCGAGGGCAGUAAAAAGGCACAACAUGCUCAGGGAGGUGAGACAAGAAUGCGACCAGAAAACAACCACUGAGCAAUUCACGAAGACACUUCUUGUGGUUCUUCUCGGAACUUCUCACCUUUCUUCAGCCCACCAUCGCCAAUUGGCC